AUGAAUGAUCCUCGUGAAAUUUUAGCGGUUGAUCCGUACAAUAAUAUUACUUCUGAUGAAGAGGAUGAGCAAGCCAUCGCGAGAGAACUUGAAUUUAUGGAACGAAAGAGGCAGGCCUUAGUGGAACGAUUAAAAAGAAAGCAAGAAUUUAAGAAACCCCAGGAUCCUAAUUUUGAAGCCAUCGAGGUACCUCAAUCUCCUACCAAAAACCGUGUGAAAGUGGGGUCUCAUAAUGCUACACAACAAGGCACAAAAUUCGAAGGUUCGAAUAUUAAUGAAGUAAGGUUAUCUCAAUUACAGCAGCAACCAAAACCACCAGCUAGUACAACCACAUACUUUAUGGAGAAAUUUCAAAACGCAAAGAAGAACGAAGAUAAACAAAUUGCCAAGUUUGAAAGCAUGAUGAAUGCAAGAGUACAUACGUUCAGUACCGAUGAGAAGAAAUAUGUGCCGAUAAUCACAAACGAAUUAGAAAGCUUUUCAAAUCUUUGGGUUAAAAAGAGGUACAUACCUGAAGAUGACUUAAAACGGGCUUUGCAUGAGAUCAAAAUCCUUCGGUUGGGCAAACUUUUUGCUAAAAUUCGCCCACCUAAAUUUCAAGAGCCUGAAUACGCCAACUGGGCCACCGUAGGCCUCAUUAGCCACAAAUCGGACAUCAAAUUUACAUCAUCUGAAAAGCCAGUCAAAUUCUUCAUGUUCACCAUAACGGACUUUCAGCAUACACUAGAUGUUUAUAUCUUCGGGAAAAAGGGUGUAGAAAGAUAUUAUAAUCUUCGCCUGGGUGAUGUGAUAGCAAUAUUAAACCCAGAAGUACUACCAUGGAGACCCUCAGGGCGAGGAAAUUUUAUCAAAUCCUUCAACCUUCGAAUUAGUCAUGACUUCAAAUGUAUCCUGGAGAUAGGUUCAAGUAGAGAUUUAGGUUGGUGUCCCAUAGUGAAUAAAAAGACUCACAAAAAAUGUGGCUCUCCCAUUAACAUAUCUCUUCAUAAGUGUUGCGAUUACCAUAGAGAAGUGCAAUUUCGUGGAACAAGUGCUAAAAGAAUUGAAUUAAAUGGUGGGUACGCCUUGGGCGCGCCUACGAAAGUGGACUCUCAACCAAGCCUAUAUAAGGCCAAAGGGGAAAACGGGUUUAAUAUAAUCAAAGGUACUCGUAAGCGCCUGUCAGAAGAGGAGGAAAGACUUAAAAAGAGCUCUCACAAUUUUACGAAUAGUAAUUCUGCCAAAGCAUUUUUCGACGAGAAAUUUCAGAAUCCAGAUAUGCUGGCAAACUUAGACAAUAAAAGAAGGAAAAUAAUAGAAACUAAGAAAUCGACAGCACUGAGCCGCGAACUAGGCAAAAUUAUGAGAAGGAGGGAAUCCAGCGGAUUAGAAGAUAAGAGCGUCGGAGAGCGACAGAAAAUGAAACGAACCACAGAAAGUGCCCUCCAGACAGGGCUUAUCCAACGCCUAGGAUUCGAUCCCACUCAUGGAAAAAUUUCCCAAGUACUCAAGUCUUCUGUAUCAGGGAGCGAACCUAAGAACAACUUACUCGGUAAAAAAAAAACUGUUAUAAACGAUCUCUUGCAUUACAAGAAGGAAAAAGUCAUUCUCGCACCUUCAAAGAACGAAUGGUUCAAGAAAAGAAGCCAUCGCGAAGAAGUUUGGCAAAAACAUUUCGGAUCCAAGGAAACUAAAGAAACUUCUGACGGUAGUGCCAGCGAUCUUGAGAUAAUAUAA